UUUCUUUCCCAAAAUUGAAUCUUAUCCCAAUUUUUUCUCUUUCCCUCUAUAUGUUUGCUGAUUCAAAUAUUGUUCAUCACAAGAAUAAUCUAUUCAUCAAACAAUCCAUUAUUACAUCAUCAACAAACUUUUUAACUACUUUCUUGCAAACCUUUUAUUUGCCAAAUUUUGGAUAAUUUUCAGUAUGAAAUCAAUCAAUUUGAUUACUAUGACGCCUUGUUGUCGAAUUUUAAUCCCAUGUAGAAGCAAUUCUUUUCUGGGUCUUCCAUUCAAGAAGACCCAUAAUUUGUCGAAUUUCAGGCAAAAAUGUGAUUUUCAUAGCUACCCAUCUCGUAUUUUGGGCAAUGGAAGGAUUAUCAAUCGGACCCAGAAGCUGUUUUGUGUUGUGCGAAAUUCAUCUUGUGGUCAAUCUAGGGUUUUUUCAAGUAAUUGUAAUGGUAUUAACCCGAUUGGGGCCUCAAAGAGAGGUUUCCAUGUUAUUGCUAGUGUUGCAUCCGACUUUAGGAAUCAUUCAACUUCGGUUGAGAAAACCCGUGUUAAUAAUGACAAGAAUUUUGAAAGGAUUUAUGUUCAAGGAGGUUUGAAUGCGAAGAAGCCAUUGGGGUUGGAAAAUGCUGAUUUAGAUGAACAUGCUGCAACUGGUCAACAUGAGAAAGUUGAGAGCGUGAAAGAGGAUGAGGAGUCACAGACGGUGAAGGAAGCAUGGAGGUUGUUGGAGAAUGCUGUUGUUACAUAUUGUGGGAGCCCUAUAGGGACUCUUGCUGCUAAUGAUCCUAAUGAUAAAUUGCCAUUGAAUUAUGAUCAAGUAUUUAUUAGGGAUUUUAUUCCAUCCGCCCUCGCUUUUUUACUCAAGGGGGAGAAAGAGAUUGUUAGAAACUUCCUACUUCACACUCUCCAAUUGCAGAGUUGGGAGAAAACUGUGGACUGUUACAGUCCAGGGCAAGGAUUGAUGCCUGCAAGUUUUAAAGUCAGAACAGUGCCUCUCGAUGAUAACAAAUACGAAGAAGUUCUAGACCCAGAUUUUGGGGAGUCAGCUAUUGGCCGUGUAGCACCUGUUGACUCAGGCUUGUGGUGGAUUAUCUUGUUGAGAGCUUAUGGGAAGAUCACCGGUGACUAUGGAUUACAAGAAAGAGUGGAUGUACAGACUGGCAUAAAGCUGAUAAUAAACCUGUGUUUAUCUGAUGGGUUUGAUAUGUUUCCUUCUUUGCUAGUCACUGAUGGUUCCUGCAUGAUAGAUAGGCGGAUGGGUAUUCAUGGACAUCCACUUGAGAUUCAAGCAUUAUUUUACUCAGCACUUAGGUGCUCCCGUGAGCUGCUUUCUUUGGAUGAAGGAUCCAAGAAUUUGGUGAAUGCCAUAAACAACAGACUUAGUGCAUUGUCAUUUCACAUUAGAGAAUAUUAUUGGGUUGAUAUGAAAAAGAUCAAUGAAAUAUAUCGAUAUAAGACAGAGGAGUAUUCCACUGAAGCCACUAACAAAUUCAACAUCUACCCUGAACAAAUCCCUCAUUGGUUAAUGGACUGGAUUCCUGAGGAAGGUGGUUAUCUUAUUGGCAAUUUACAACCUGCCCACAUGGACUUUAGAUUCUUCACACUUGGAAAUCUGUGGUCCAUUGUGUCAUCUUUGAGUACCCCAAAACAGAAUGAGGCUAUCCUGAAUCUGAUUGAAGCAAAGUGGUACGAUCUUGUGGGUCUUAUGCCCCUUAAGAUAUGUUACCCAGCUCUGGAGUCUGAAGAUUGGCGUAUAAUCACUGGUAGCGACCCUAAGAACACACCUUGGUCAUAUCAUAAUGGGGGUUCUUGGCCAACUCUUCUCUGGCAGUUCACACUGGCAUGCAUCAAGAUGAAUAGGCUUGACCUGGCUAAAAAGGCAGUUGAUUCAGCUGAGAAAAGGCUACGAGUAGAUCAGUGGCCUGAAUAUUAUGAUACCAGGUAUGGUAAAUUUACAGGAAAGCAAGCUCGGCUGUACCAAACAUGGACUAUAGCUGGUUUUCUGACAUCCAAAAUGCUGUUGGAAAAUCCAGAGACGGCUUCCUUGCUAUUCUGGGAAGAAGACUAUGAUCUUCUUGAGAUUUGUGUCUGUGCUCUUAAGAAAUCUGGAAGGAAAAAGUGCUCACGUGGCGCGGCCAAGUCUCAAAUCCUUGUAUGAGUUAUAACCAUCAUUCUUUCGGAGUUUUAACUCAUUUUACGUGUACAGGAAAUAGGUAGGAUAAGUGUUUUUGUCUGGAGGGUUUUUUCAACCUCAAGACAUAAAGAAAAGAAGACGUAGUUUUUCACACAGCAUUAUGGAAUUACCAUUGUUUUUAUACACGCCAAUCAAUUGUAAUAGUACAUCAACUUAGGAAAUGAAGCCAAGUUCAUUUAAGGCAGGAAUUAGUCUGUAUAUAAAUUAUACUACGAUGAUUGGCAUGUUGUAUUUGUUUCUUAUACUUUGUGUAAGAUGCAUUGGAGUGAGUUUUUA